CUUUCCCCUCUUGUAUGUUUGCAGCUUCCCCACAGUGCCCAACAGCGGUCGGCGGCCAGUCAUAAGGACGAUGACGACGCCAUGGUAAACGCCGAUGAAAUCGAUACCAACUCCAACAUUGUGGACGACCAGCCGUUCGACAGCUCGGUACCACGGACGUACCGACCACAGGAGCUGAAAAAGUGGCGUCCGGCGCCUCAGGUGGGCGAAAACUACGGGAAGCCCGGCGAACUGGGAAAGCCGGUGAAAAUUCCCUCCAGCCAGCAGGAGCUGAUGAAGGAGAAGUUCAAGGAGAACCAGUUCAACCUGCUGGCCAGCGACAUGAUCUGGCUGAAUCGGUCGCUCACGGACGUGCGGCACCACGACUGCAAAAAGAAGCACUACUCCGCCAAACUGCCCACCACCUCGAUCGUGAUCGUGUUCCACAACGAAGCCUGGAGCACGCUGCUGCGAACCAUCUGGAGCGUCAUCAACCGGUCGCCCCGGCCCCUGCUCAAGGAGAUCAUCCUGGUGGACGACGCCAGCGAGCGGGACCACCUGGGCAAGCAGCUCGAGGACUACGUGUCGACGCUCCCGGUCAGUACGUUCGUGCUGCGAACCGGCAAACGGUCCGGCCUGAUCCGGGCGCGACUCCUCGGUGCCAAACACGUUAAGGGACAAGUGAUAACCUUCCUGGACGCUCACUGCGAGUGUACCGAGGGCUGGCUGGAGCCCCUGUUGGCGCGCAUCGUGCUCGACCGGAAGACCGUCGUGUGUCCCAUCAUCGACGUGAUAUCGGACGAGACGUUCGAGUACGUCACCGCGUCCGACCAGACGUGGGGUGGCUUCAAUUGGAAGCUCAACUUCCGAUGGUACCGGGUACCUUCCCGAGAGAUGCAACGGCGGAACCACGACCGGACGGCUCCCCUGCGGACGCCCACCAUGGCCGGAGGGUUGUUCUCGAUCGAUCGGGACUACUUCUACGAAAUCGGAUCGUACGACGAAGGCAUGGACAUCUGGGGUGGUGAGAACCUUGAAAUGUCCUUCCGGGUUUGGAUGUGCGGUGGAACGCUGGAGAUUGCCCCGUGCUCGCGGGUCGGCCACGUGUUCCGCAAGUCAACGCCGUACUCCUUCCCGGGUGGCACGUCGCAGAUCGUUAACAAAAAUAACGCCCGCCUGGCGGAAGUGUGGCUCGACGGUUGGAGUGAAUUUUACUACAAUAUUAACCCAGGAGCACGCAAGGCCUCUGCCGGGGACGUCAGCGAACGGAGGGCACUUCGCGAGAAGCUAAAGUGCAAGAGCUUCCGGUGGUACCUGGAGAACAUCUACCCGGAGAGCCAGAUGCCGCUGGAUUACUACUUCCUGGGCGAGAUCCGCAACGAGGAGUCCCAGAACUGCCUGGACACGAUGGGCCGCAAGUCGAACGAGAAGAUCGGCAGCAGCUACUGCCACGGGCUCGGUGGCAACCAGGUGUUUGCGUACACCAAGCGCCACCAGAUCAUGUCCGACGACAACUGUCUGGACGCGUCCAACGCGCUCGGGCCGGUUAACCUGGUCCGGUGCCACGGGAUGGGCGGCAACCAGGAGUGGGUGUACGAUGAAGAGGAAAAGACUAUCAAGCACGUCAACAGUGGCAACUGCCUGACGCGACCGUCCGUGGACGACCCGUCGACGCCGCUGCUGCGGCCGUGCAACUACGGGCGCGGCCAGCAGUGGCUGAUGCAGUCCAAGUUCAAGUGGCAAGCUGGCCACAACAACCGGAUCAGCCACCACGGCGAGGACAGAUAAAAUCCGGCGGAUGAUGACCGCGUCACUCGGCGGAGGAUGAGGACCAGCAACAGCAGCAGCCAACGGCCAUCGAGGACUGACGAGGACAACCGACGACCACGACCGUGACGAGAAGAUGAAAAUGUGAUUCCUAGUAAGCUCCUUGACCCCCUAAAUGAUGUUGCACGGGGAGCACGGAACGAACCCUUGGUUUUUUAGUCGAUUUAUAUCUGUGUAAGGUGAGUUAGCGUGUAAGACAGGUUUAGCAGCAGAGCGAGGCGUGUUUCUUUUUUUUAUUAUUGUGAGGAUAAAUGAGCAUCCCGAGAGAGAGAGAAAGAAAGAGAUAUUAAUUAGGGCGAUAUUACGGAAUGCCGCGCGCGCCAUUUAUGUUGAACUUAUUCUGCGAAAACAGGAGCGAAUGCGGUGUCGUAUGAAAGAGGAAUUUAUAGCUAGAGCAAGAAAAGGCGAAGGACUAAGGUUAGCAUUGUAAAUACCAACCAACAACCAUUUAGCACACACUGAAUACUAAUUACGGAAGUCUUACGUCCCUUUUUAUUUUUUCUUUAGCUCCAUUUGUAAAGAAUACCGCAUCAAACUGUGAAAGCUCGUGCAAGAAUGUCCAAUUAGGCUCACUCACAUGCGCCUCGCUGCCGGACAGCAACUCCGGCAAAGAGACAAACUUCGUGACGCUCGAUUAACGUUCUGAAUCGAAAGUAGAAUGAAAAUUACAGCAACAAAAAUAUGACGCAUAUCAUGUGUAGCGGGAGAAGCCGGGAAAGCAAAUCAAUAAAUAUCUCUGCGAUGCCGUUUAGACACAGAGAUAGAGCGAAGAAGCGGGAAAUUGAUACCGGCCUUGUCAGCGCGCCAUCCGGUCGAACGUGGGACGGUCGUUGGCAGUGACAGUUUUUCUUAUUUCCAUUUUUUCCCAAGAAUGUUAACUGAAAAUGCCGGGUGCAGCUGACUGACGAUCUAAACGAAAUUUGAUACCGAGAAUUUCGUUCUUUUCCGUAAAAAAAAUUGUAGAAUAACGAAUUUUUACUAGGCCUCCCCCAACUACGUCUGUUGAAUCCACUUCUUCCAAUUGAAAUUUAAACUCUUUGAAUUUUCCUGUUUGUUGCAUGAAAUUUAACAAAUUAAAACAACAAAAUUGAAACGAAAGAAGAAAAAAAUCAUGGACCAUUUGCAUUUAAGCGAAAAUCACUCCAAUAAAAAAACAACUCUUGAAAACGUUACACGAGCAAUUUUUCAUGAUAAGCGGGAAACGAUUUUUACUUGUAUUUUUUUAUUUGGUUAAAACUUUGUGGGGUCCUAUGGAAAGAAGCCAAUUUGCAUUUUUAGAUGUCUACGAAAGUCUUCAUGAAAUGUUGGCAGCUGUCCGUUCAAAAAAAAAUAUAAGUACAUGUGUGAGUGUGCAAUCAAUCCUAUAUUGGUUGGCCGGCUACGAAAUUAUGGAAAAAUAUGUUUACAUUUUUUAAUUGAUCUUCAACAAACCGUUAAAAAUCUUUUUUUAAUGCUUGUUGCAGAAGCCCUAAAAAGACAAGCUAUGAUUUAAUAAAUAAUCAUGGACAAAAAAUCUCGGUGGCACGAUUUAAAAAAAAUGUUUUCGAAGUACAGUCCAGACUCGCCUCGAAAAAAAUUUUUUUCACUUGGCCCAGAAAGCCUUAUAGGCAAUCAACUAUUCAAAUUUGACUAAAAUGGGGUCGCAAAACUCAAAUUUGUAAGUUAAAAAAUAAAAAUUUGAAGUCCCAUGCAAACUUUCGGAUAAUCAAACUUCGAAAAAUCGGGUCUUGACUGUAUUACAAAUGUUCUCAUUGUUGUCAAAAUUAAAUUUAUUAAUUAAAAUUUUUACUGAAAACUUUUUUGAUAUUGAAUACAUUGUUUUUAAGUUUUAGCUGCUCCAGGUUUUUUUUGGGUCAAAAAAAUAUAUCUUUCACUAUUUAAAAAAAAAAAUGUUAGGCCGUUGCAAAUAUUUUUCGAAGUUUAUAUUAACCUUAAAAUGACAACACAAGGAGGCGGUAAUUUAACAUAAAUAACAAAUUGUGUUAUUGAGACGUUUGAAAAAAUAAUUCUUAAAAUAACAGAUCCCAAUAACAGAAAAAUGUAUUAAAAAAUAAUAAGAGGCCUCCAAAAACCACGUGGACACUUUUUUGGUCAACUUUUUUUUUUCUUAUUUCUUCGUCAAUGGUUUAUUGGGAGUUUUUCUUAUUAUUUUUUUUUUGUUAAGGCCGUUGCAAAUAUUUUUUAAAGUUUAUGUCACACUUCCCUUCAAAAUUGGUCAAAAAAAUCAGGGGGCAAAAAUAUUUCUUUUUACUUAGGUGUUUGGGAAACUAAUGAUUGCAAAACAACUGGACAGGUGUAUAACGCAUUUUUAAACGCUAUUUUCAUUCAAAUGUUGAAACCAUGGGUCGUAAAUUCAAUUUUUAAACAUUUUCAUUUUUGCCCCCUUUUUCGACUUUGAUCAGAGUCGAAGGACAUAAACUUCAAAAAAUAUUUGCAACGGCCUAAAAAACAAAAAAAAAGUAGAUUUUUUAAAGAACGUUACUAUUUCCUCGGAAAUGUUCUUAUGAUUUAUUACCUACAACUUUGCUGAAGACACCGAAUUGAUCCGAAACCCCCUAACAAGAUACAUAUAUUUUGCGUAAGGACAGCUGCCAAAACUGGAUGAACAAACCAAUGAGGCUAAAUGACUUUUGGACUAAGGGAAGACCCUCAUAAGUUUAAGACUAAAAAAUAAAUAAAGCAAUAAAAAUCUGUUUCCGACUUUCUGGGAUUAUUGCUCACAUGUAACUCGUGGUGAGUUUCCUGCUCACCAAAAUGUACAUAGGAAUAUUAAAAAGAAAAUCAUAGCAAAUAAAGGUGUGACGCUACUGAAGGCAAAAAAAAGAAAUAUCAUUUACCAGUAGCGAAACAGCAGAUCCGUUAGUGUAACACAAUCGAAGUGAUAGUUUCCAGAAACUAAUAGGUUAAAUUUACAGAAUUAAUAAAAAAAACAACGUAAAAACGCCCAAUAUCAGCCGGAAACAGAGCUUAGUAAUUUUAUAAUUUGUGUUGCGUCGUGUACAAAAAAUGAAACGCAACAUUAUCGUUACACGUGCCCCCUAAAACCUUAGUUUAUGCAGCCUUCAAUCUGAUUGAAGAUUGCGCCUAGUUGAUAGUGAAAGAGCGGUUUACUUUUAUUUCUUCUUCCCUUUCUCUUUUAAUUCAGGUGAUGGUGUGCAAUUUAUUUUUCCUUCUAGGCUUAGUUUAUUAUUUAGCCAGAGUGUUUAUUUAAAGACGAAUCAGAGUUUUAAGCAGAAUUUUAGACAGAGCAGAAAAAAAAGCAAUACGCAACACAAUAAAAUUCAGCAAAAAAAGAAAUGUCAGCACAGGUUCUUUCAUACCUCAGUAUUACUACUUCCAAGAAUUACGCAGCAAAUGCCUUCCACAACCAACAAGUAAAACAUAAUUUGCGCAUUAAAACAUUCCUCUCCUCAGAUGGUGAAAGUGUGUUGCUGGGUGCGUGUUGAAAUAGUUUUCCUAACUACAUGAUUUCGCAAAAACUAACGCGCACGUGCACUUAAUCACGUAGAACCGAUCCGUUGUUUUAAUUUAAUAGAGUUUCCGCUUUUUCGGUUUGCGCAAGAAAGUUAAUAAAAAAAGAAAAGAUGACCGUAUAUCAAGACGUGAAAAAACAUGAAAUGUUUGUAUAAAUAGAAGGAAACGACACAUUAAUUUAAUGAACUAAACCUAAAUCAGAUGAAUGAACCCUAGAACAGUAAAUAAUAUUAACUAGAAUUUGUGCGAUCUGCGAUGGGACGAACGAAUGCGGCAGUGCGAACUAUGAAUGUAAUUUUUGAAACAUAGAAUAAAGCUAAAUGAAGUUUUUU